CAACAAGACUCCCAACGCGCUCGGGCCGUUUUGUUUAUUGUGGAUCGAACUGUCGAUAUGUAUGUUCCAGUGCUUCACGAAUUUACAUAUCAAGCAAUGGCCAACGAUCUAUUGCCGAUUGAAGAUGGGAACAAAUACACAUACAACUACGCGGGUGAUGAUGGAGAGCAAGCAACAAAAGAAGCUAUUUUGGAUGAAGCUGAUAGUAUAUGGGUUGAUAUAAGACAUAAACAUAUGAAGGAUUGCAUAGAUCAACUUAUGAAAGAUUUUAAUGAAUUUUUGGUCCAAAAUACGGGCUUCACUGAUAAAGAAAAGGCGGCUAACUUGAACGAUAUGAAGAAGAUGUUGGCGACUUUGCCGCAAUUUCAGAAUAUGAAGGAAAAGGUGAAUUGCGCUACGGGGUAUACACCGGACUCACAGCAUCCCAAAACACUUGUUGAAGAUAUGGUGCCUAUGUUGGAUAAUCCGGUAGUUAGGCUAAAACUUGUGGUGGAGAGUCACAUCAGUAAAACGAUAGACCAUACCCAUUAUCCAUAUACAAAAGAUCCAACCGGUGAUCCAGAUGGUUCCAAAUCCACCCAACAGGGACCAAAGUUUAUUGAAGAUCUGUCACUACUUUUAAAGCCACCAACUAUGGAACAAAAACCGGCUUUGCCCGCUCGUCCGGAGGUGCAAAGUAAUUCAAAGUCCCCCAAGCCACCUACAUCAUCAUCAUCAGGGGGAUACGUGCCACAAAUGCAGGGUGGAUAUUCUCAGCAAGCCGGAUAUAAUCAACAAGGUGGUGAUUAUGCGCAGUAUUCUAGGCAAAACGCUGGCUAUCCGCAAAGCAUGCCGGCGAGUUCUCAACAGUAUAUCAAUGUUCCAAGACCAUCAUCCAGCAACACCACACAAUCCGAGAAAACGAAAUCUAAAAGUAGCAUUUUCAAAUUUUAG